UUCCCCCAAUUUUUGCCCUAGAUCUUCUCCCAAAUUUCCAACCCCAAAUUCGGAUUUCUGUUGUAUAUAAUUUCGACCAUUUUGCUGUUGGCGAUUCCGAUUUCGCUGGGCAGUUGAUUCAUGGUUGAAAACGAGCAAUGAUUUGUUGGAGUGGUAAUGCAGGUUGAGCUUGAGCUGACAGUUGAUUCGUGAGCUUGAAGAAAUUCAUCUACCUUGCUCAACUAAUCCGUCCCCAUUUCUUCGAAGUUACUCUGAAUUCGUGUAUUUUUUUAUUUUUUCGGUGUUGGUUUAAUCCGGAAUUGGAUUUUGGAGGUAGAGGCAGUUGAGAAAUCUAGGAUUAGGGGAGAAAAGCAAGAUGAAGCAGAUGGCGGCGUUGCAGCAGCAGGCUCGCCGGAGCAACAGCUUCCGGAGCGCGCCGUCGCCGCUGGACGCCACUGUGGAUGGGGCAAUUAAAUCGCCGGCGACGAUUUUUUGGUUAAUCGUGCACGGACUCUGCUGUUUGAUUAGCUUGGUCCUCGGGUUCCGAUUUUCGCGGCUGGUGUUUUUCCUUCUGUUCUCUACUUCUCCCUACCCUUCGGCGAACACUAUAUACUCCGCGCUUCAAACAACAUUGCCGUCGUCGGGGUCUGGAGCCACUUCGCCGCCUGAAAGGAAUUUUUCAGGCGGCGGCGCCGGUGGGAGUAAAGUGGUGGUUGGGAGGCACGGGAUACAGAUACGGCCGUGGCCGCAUCCGGAUCCGGUGGAGGUUAUGAAGGCGCACAGGAUUAUCGAGAGGGUUCAGACGGAGCAGAAGAUUCAGUACGGGUUUAAGAACCCUAGGACGGUGAUUGCCAUAACGCCGACUUAUGUACGGACUUUUCAGGCGCUGCACCUCACUGGUGUGAUGCACACUUUGAUGAAUGUGCCAUAUGAUCUUAUUUGGAUCGUGGUGGAAGCUGGAGGAGCAACCAAUGAAACCGCCACUCUGAUUGCAAAGUCGGGAUUGAAAACCAUCCACACCGGAUUUGAUGGAAGAAUGCCCCUUUUGUGGGAGGAUCGGCAUAAAUUUGAAUCAAGAAUGAGGAUCCAUGCUUUAAGAAUAGUUAGAGAAAAGAGGUUAAAUGGGAUUGUGAUGUUUGCGGAUGAUAGUAACAUGCAUAGUUUGGAGUUAUUUGAUGAGAUUCAGAAUGUAAGAUGGGUAGGUGCAGUUUCGGUUGGAAUUAUUGCGUAUUCGGGCGUUUCCGAAGAAGGAAGAUUACCGAUUGUUCAGAGAGAUGAAGAAAAUGACUCAAAGGUGUCGCAACUCCCCAUCCAGGGUCCGGCUUGUAAUUCUUCUAAUCAUUUAGUUGGGUGGCACACUUUCAGUACGUUGCCAUAUGCGGAGACAAGGGCAAGGUACAUUGGUGAUAGGGCUAUUGUGCUGCCGAGGAAACUGGAGUGGGCUGCGUUUGUUUUGAAUUCUAGGUUGGUGUGGGAGGACAAUGUGGAAAAGCCGCAUUGGGUUAAGGAGUGGGAUGAGUUUGGGAGCGACGGACAGGAUGUCGAAAGCCCAUUGGCCUUGUUAUCUGAUACUUCAGCAGUUGAGCCUCUCGGUGGCUGUGGGCGCAAAGUUUUGCUAUGGUGGCUGCGUGUUGAGGCUAGGGCAGACAGCAAAUUCCCUGCAAGAUGGACAAUCGAUCCUCCCCUAGACAUCACUGUCCCUGCAAAACGCACCCCAUGGCCAGAUGCUCCUCCCGAGCUCCCAUCAACGACCGAAACAGCGACUGUUAUCCCAAACACCACAGAAAAGCGUCCUUCGAAGACUGGAUCCAGAAGAAAACGCUCGCGAAGCAAGAGGAAGCACAGCGCAAGAGCGCUGGACGAUCGCGCCUCCACUCAAAGGCGUGCUGCAGAUAACCGGAAGUGAUGUCAACGAUCUUUUCAGAAAAUUAUACCACUCUCUCUGUGCAUUCUUGGUGACUAAAUGUGGCAAUGGCACAACAAAAGCCCUCUGAGAAAGAUUAGGUGCAAUGAAGAAGACAACAGCCCUCUGUCAUUUCCCAAGAAGGUGUGUGUGUGUGUGUUACCAUUACAUAUA